AUGACGAGAAGCAUACUUCUGCUAUUCUGUGUCCUUCCUAUUGUUCUAUCACAGGAGACAAAUUUCCGCGAGGUGACAAUAACCCAAGGGAAAGUGCGCGGAUAUAAAACGCCCAAUGAAAAUAUUUUCGUCUUCUAUGGCAUCCCAUAUGCCAGUGUUCCGACUGGAGCUGACUUUUAUAAGAGUCCAUUACCCGCACCAACAUGGAGUACAACAUUGGAAGCUGUAAAUAGAGAUAUUAGGUGUCGACAGCCGAGUUUCUCUGGAAAUGAUAAUAUGCGAGAGCAAUGUCUGGUUGCCAAUGUGUACGUUCCCGGGACACAAACUGAAAAUUUGCCAGUCGUAGUUGAUGUACACGGUGGAGCCUACCUUCUUGGGCAUGGAAAUGCAGCGACGCCCAUCAAUCUAGUUAAAUCUCAAAAAGUUAUGUACGUAACCUUCAACUAUCGAUUAGGACCACAUGGGUUUUUAUGUUUGGGCACUGAUAAAGUCCCCGGAAAUGCAGGUAUGAAGGAUCAAGUGGCUUUGCUUCGAUGGGUCAGAGAUAAUAUCGCCCAGUUUGGAGGAGAUCCAAAUCACGUGACUAUAUCGGGAUGUAGUGCGGGAUCUUCAUCGGUAGACUUGUUGGGGAUCUCUAAGCUAGCUAAUGGUCUCUUCCACAAGGUUAUAGCUGGAAGUGGAGGUAACGUCAACGCUUUCAGUGUCCAAACGAACCCUAUAGAAAACGCACAAUAUUUUGCAAAGCUACUAGGAUUCAAUAACACUGAGGACAUCAAUGCUCUUGAAAAGUUUUACCUAGAAACGCCUUACGAAACGCUAGCGGCCACAUCUAUUCAAUUGAUGUCAAGUCCAGAUUCUAAUGUUUACUUCUCACCCUGCCUGGAGAAGGACGUUGGACAAGAAAUGUUUUUGGAUGAAAGCCCGGUGAAAAUACUUUCGAAUGGAGAUUACACAAAGUUGCCAAUGUUAUACGGUUUUUGUAAUAUGGAGGGUUUAUUUCGUAUGAAUUUAUUUGAUACAUGGAAAACGAAAAUGAAUGAGAACUUCAUUGAAUUUUUGCCACCGGAUUUAGGUAACAACCAAGAAGAAAGGGAGACGAUUGCCAAAGACGUAAAGAAUUUCUAUUUCGGCACGGAACCCGUGAGCAAUAGCACUGUUUUGAAGUAUAUUGAUUAUUUUACGGAUGUGAUGUUUGGCUAUGCCAUGCUACGAUCUGCAAAACUUCAACUUGACGCCGGGAACAAUCAAUUAUACCUGUACGAAUAUUCCUUUGUAGAUGCGAGUGAGGAAUAUAUUCCAAAUACUAGGGAGCGCGGUGCAACACAUUGCGCCCAAGAUGCAGCUGUGAUGGACUCGCCAAAUGAAAAGGAGUUGUCUACUGAAUAUAAAAAUAUGAAGGCAGCUAUGCGACAACUGUGGCUGAACUUUAUUACUACUGGGGCUCCAGUACCACAAGGCUCUACUUUCCCAAACUGGACUUCAAUGUCGCCCCAACGAUCCUACAUGUCCCUAAACAGUGUUCUACAGUAUAAGGAUUCCCUCAUGCCAGACAGGGCGCAAUUCUGGGACGGAAUUAUGGCGAAAUACUACAAAUAUCCCUCACCACCAGACCCCAAGAAUGGCAGUUCUGCUUUAAUUAGUAAUAGUGUUAGUCCAUUACCCGCACCAACAUGGAGUACAACAUUGGAAGCUGUAAAUAGAGAUAUUAGGUGUCGACAGCCGAGUUUCUCUGGAAAUGAUAAUAUGCGAGAGCAAUGUCUGGUUGCCAAUGUGUACGUUCCCGGGACACAAACUGAAAAUUUGCCAGUCGUAGUUGAUGUACACGGUGGAGCCUACCUUCUUGGGCAUGGAAAUGCAGCGACGCCCAUCAAUCUAGUUAAAUCUCAAAAAGUUAUGUACGUAACCUUCAACUAUCGAUUAGGACCACAUGGGUUUUUAUGUUUGGGCACUGAUAAAGUCCCCGGAAAUGCAGGUAUGAAGGAUCAAGUGGCUUUGCUUCGAUGGGUCAGAGAUAAUAUCGCCCAGUUUGGAGGAGAUCCAAAUCACGUGACUAUAUCGGGAUGUAGUGCGGGAUCUUCAUCGGUAGACUUGUUGGGGAUCUCUAAGCUAGCUAAUGGUCUCUUCCACAAGGUUAUAGCUGGAAGUGGAGGUAACGUCAACGCUUUCAGUGUCCAAACGAACCCUAUAGAAAACGCACAAUAUUUUGCAAAGCUACUAGGAUUCAAUAACACUGAGGACAUCAAUGCUCUUGAAAAGUUUUACCUAGAAACGCCUUACGAAACGCUAGCGGCCACAUCUAUUCAAUUGAUGUCAAGUCCAGAUUCUAAUGUUUACUUCUCACCCUGCCUGGAGAAGGACGUUGGACAAGAAAUGUUUUUGGAUGAAAGCCCGGUGAAAAUACUUUCGAAUGGAGAUUACACAAAGUUGCCAAUGUUAUACGGUUUUUGUAAUAUGGAGGGUUUAUUUCGUAUGAAUUUAUUUGAUACAUGGAAAACGAAAAUGAAUGAGAACUUCAUUGAAUUUUUGCCACCGGAUUUAGGUAACAACCAAGAAGAAAGGGAGACGAUUGCCAAAGACGUAAAGAAUUUCUAUUUCGGCACGGAACCCGUGAGCAAUAGCACUGUUUUGAAGUAUAUUGAUUAUUUUACGGAUGUGAUGUUUGGCUAUGCCAUGCUACGAUCUGCAAAACUUCAACUUGACGCCGGGAACAAUCAAUUAUACCUGUACGAAUAUUCCUUUGUAGAUGCGAGUGAGGAAUAUAUUCCAAAUACUAGGGAGCGCGGUGCAACACAUUGCGCCCAAGAUGCAGCUGUGAUGGACUCGCCAAAUGAAAAGGAGUUGUCUACUGAAUAUAAAAAUAUGAAGGCAGCUAUGCGACAACUGUGGCUGAACUUUAUUACUACUGGGGCUCCAGUACCACAAGGCUCUACUUUCCCAAACUGGACUUCAAUGUCGCCCCAACGAUCCUACAUGUCCCUAAACAGUGUUCUACAGUAUAAGGAUUCCCUCAUGCCAGACAGGGCGCAAUUCUGGGACGGAAUUAUGGCGAAAUACUACAAAUAUCCCUCACCACCAGACCCCAAGAAUGGCAGUUCUGCUUUAAUUAGUAAUAGUGUUGUCUCUUUAAUUUUGAUGACGCUAUAUUCGAUACACUCUUGCUUAUAUUGA